AUGACUUUGUGGUCGGCCGCUUUGCCGCUGAGCCCGCGCGGCGGGUACCCUGCGUCGCCGCCGGUCGACCGCUCGCAGUGGAAGAAGCUGGCCUACGAGCGCAACCCGUACAUCCAGGAGCUCAGCGAGCGGCUAUUCCCCCUACAGCGGGCCGCCAAGCUCGUGGAGCUCAACCAGCAGCCGCCCGCCCCCGCCAGCGUGGCCGACAUCCGGAAGUGUUGCCGGCUGCUGGCCAUGCAGGCCUUCGCCUACUACGGCUACAGCGAGUCCCUCGACAACAUGCAACGCGAGAGCGGCCUGCGCUACGAAGAGCCGCACGUGAAUCAGUGCAUGCUGCGACACUACCUGUCGCAGGCCAUCCAGCGCAUGGAGAGGGUCUACGACCUCUUUCUCGAUCCCGACGGAGACGACAGUGAGGAGGCGCUGGAAGAGCACUUGACCAAGGUCGGCUGGAAGGACGGCGAUGCAGACGUGAACAUAUGGGAUGAACCGGCGGAGGGCAAUAUCGUUCGGGACGCCAAGACGGGAGCCAUCAGGGCCGGCACACUGAAUCAACUUGUGGCCAAUCUCGCCUCACAGCAACGAAUGGACCACACGUACGUGGACUCGUUUCUAAUGACCUACAAGACGUUCACUACUCCGCAUAUGUUGCUGGAGAAGCUCCUACAGCGAUAUACCGUGCCCGUCGAGCACGAGCCGGACGUAAGGAGCACGAUCCAACUCUACACGGUGAACGUGCUGAAAAAAUGGCUGCAGCUGUACCGAGCCGACUUUGACAAGGACAUGCUGGAUCGUCUGGCCGAACUGUGUCAAUACACGACGACGACGAUGGGACCCAGCGACGACGGAGGUCAGCUGAAGGUGCUACGAACAUUUUUGAAGCUGAAGCAACCGACUGCGGCGCAGCCGGGUACGGCUUCCACCUCCAGCCGGCCGGUCGAGCAGCCGAUCAUCAACAUCAAGACCAUCUUCUUGGCGCGCCUGGAGUGGGAGGACAUCGACGACCUGGAGCUGGCCCGACAGCUCACCCUGUUGGACUUUGAGAUCUACCAACGGAUACAAGCAGUGAAUGCCCCGGCGAAGAGGGAUCGCGGCUACACCACACUGACGGCGAGUGGCGAUCAGGCCAAGGUGAGGUCGACGAUCAAGGUGCGGGUCGCGAUCAUCACCAAGCUGCUCAACAUCGUCAAGCACCUCCGGUCGUUCCACAAUCUCCACACCCUCAACGGCAUCUGGGCCGGCCUCGAACAGGCCUCGGUGUAUCGGUUGGAGCACACCUGGACAUCGCUACACGAUGACGCCACCAAGUUGAUGGACACGAGCGGCCAGUAUGCGGCUCAGAAGAGCGAGAUCAAGAAGGCGUGGGCUACCGGCGGCUCCUGCCUCCCACCAUUGCAUCUUGUCUUGAACGAGUCCGCGUCGGACAAGGAGAAGAUCUCGCAGGCGUGGCCGCCCAACUUCAUCGAUUUCGAGAGGCGGAAGGCGACCUACGAGACUAUCAGCGAAUUCCUGAAAUACCAGCAGCGAGCCUACAAUUUCCACCCAGUCCCACAGAUUCAGGCGGUAUUGCGCAAGCACCUGGAUCGAAUCGACGAGUGGCUAAAGGACAUGGGCGACAAGAUGACGACGAAGAGGAAGUGGGAGGUUCUCGAAGAUCGCCUCAUGGCCAUGUCGCGCCGCAUCGAACCCAAAGGCGCCCCAAGAUCAGCCAUCGCCUAG